AUGUCACCUUUUCUCAUUACCGUUGGCAAUAUCUCCAUUGAUUCCGGCAAUCUUUACGCGUUCUUCCUCUCGCUCCUCCUUGGUAACGCCCCUUUGAACAACAACAACGAUUUGUGGGGUAUGGCCCAUUACUGUAAUCAUCUCUUUGCGCAAGCUGGCGCCUCCACUGAAGUUGUUAUCCUCUCGAUGAUUUAUGCCCAACGCCUUGUUGCUGCUGUUGGUGCUGCUCGCCUUACCGAGCUUGUCUGUAACAUUGGGUACGGUGGAGACUGCUUGCUGAUCACGGUUGCCACUCGUUUGGCCUGCAAAUGGCACGAUGACGAUCACAUGUGGUGGAGACUAGUUGAGUGGGGACCGGUGUCUGGCAUUCCGCUUCGAGCAAUUGACGAAUUUGAGUGGAUUGCCGCUGAGGCAAUGAACUUCCAGUUCUUUGUCUCGGAAAGCGAGUACAAUGCGUUUGCCUCUGGUUUGGCCUCUUUGUUUGCUGCUCCUCUUCCUCCUCUCACACCUCGACCCAUGUCUGGUCCUUCCUCUUCUUCCUCACUUUCGCCCUUGUCACCACCACUCGUCCCCAUUAAAACCGAACCUGGCGUAACGCCAUUGGCCGCUGUCAAGCUCGAGCCACCAUCACCUCCCACUUUCCUCCCUGCUAUCAAGGUUGAGGAAUUGGAUGACGAGCACGCUUUGCUUGCUGCGAUGCUUGUCCGGGGCGAGGACAACUUGCGUGCAGUAAGCAUGCCUGAGGUCCCCGAACCCACCACCACCACCAACAUCAACAGCUCAUUGCGGUUUUCCGUAUGA